GGUGGAGGAGUCACACUGCCAGCUUCCUGGAGGUCAAGGCCAGCUCCACCCAGGGCCUGGCUCACAGCGGGCACCCAGCGUGUGUGGCUGAGGGAAUGUGUUCUGUGCGCAGGACUCCGGGUCCGAUGGAGUAGCCAUUCUUCUCUUGGGAAACAAGAUGGACUGUGAUGAGGAGCGGCGGGUGUCCACCGAGGCUGGGCAGAAACUGGCCCAGGAGAUGGGCAUCUCCUUUGAAGAGUGCAGCGCUGCCCUGGGUCACAACAUCCUGGAGCCCAUGGUGAACCUGGCCAGGUCACUCAAGAUGCAAGAAGACCGCCUGAAGGGCUCUCUGGUGGAGGUGGCCCCUGAGAGGCCGCCGAAGAAAGCCGGCUGCUGCUCCUGACCACCUGGCCUGGGGGACGCCACCCCGCUGCGUUUCCUGUUCCGCAGCUCCUGUCCCCCCGCCUGGACACAGCACCAGCAGAGGCCAGCGUGGGAGUUCAGGAGAAUCCCCUCGGGGCAGGACUCGCUCGCGGGGCAGGGGCUGUGCUCUCUGGGGAAGGGCUUUGCUGAGUAAAUAAUCCUGGGGGGGGGGGGACUCUCUAAAGGAAGGGAAAGUCUAACAACUUAAGGAAAAUACAC